AUCGCGUCGAACUACGCGAAUCUUUGAAAUACGCUCGACACGAUGAGGGGGCUUGGACUGGUGUUCGCUCUGGCCCCUUUGGCUCCAAUCGCCGUGUUGUUGGCAAGGGCAGAUUCUUCGAAGCCGUUUCCAGUUCGUUUCAUCAGCGAUGUGGAACGUCGACUAAAAGACCAGUACGGAGUAGCUGCGGAGCUUUCCUACUUCAGGGGAAUGCUGAAGCACUUUUAUGAACUGCCGGACAAUUUAGCACCAGAAGAUGAAAAAGCCGUCGAGACGACGCUGAAAGAGCACAUCGGCUCCGACUUCUACGAUCAAUACAAGUUUAUCCAAACGACGAGUGCUGCUGAUGAGGAUACCGUCAAAGUUAAAAAUUUCAUUAGGAUGUUGAAACAGCAGUUUCAUAAGCUCAGACAAAUCGAAGAUGUCUAUGUAAAGCCGAACUGGAGCCACUUUCAAGAAAUAUCAGCGGCGUCGAAAGCUAUGCCGAUCCAGACCGGGGAUGUGCCGUGUAACAGCGACGCGUCGUGCAAGAGACUGGAGCACCUUGUCAACACCUGCAACUACGCGAGGAAAGGAGCAAUGGUAGCUAGUGGCAUGUUCAACGUUGUCACGCACGUUUUGAAUACAGUGAUGUCUGUUCUAUGCGGCUGUCUGUUUGUGGGACCGGUGCACCUAUGUGUGCUCAAAAACUUCCCGUACACUUGCAAACUGCCGUACCCGGUCUACUCUUCGCUCUUCAUGGCGACAUCUCAAGUCUGGGAGGCAGUGAAGGCGACCACGUCUGUCUGUCGGGUUUACGGAGACCCCGGAUUCAGCAGCCUCGUGUCCUAGCUUCCAAAACAAGAACCGAGAAGAGUUCUGUGCAUGGCCUCAACCAGUCGUUUAGUCACUAGUGGACAGGUGUACCGGCCUGCGCAUUAAUUCAAUGUGUCAGAUUCACCCUAUCCCCGCAUUCGCGGCACGGUCCCGCGAGCCACCUGCCUUGUACAACUUCAUCGUACGAGUGCAAAUGUCAUCUCGCCAACUUCUAUAGCUGGCUUUCCGUCCACGAACGCCUUUCCAGUAGCUUUUGCGAUGCCAAACUUCUCUUUCCAUGCAGUCAACUCGA